AGAGAGUAGUUUUGUAGCUCGCAUCACAGGCUGACUCGCGUGUUGUGUGGAUAUAAAGAGAUAAGGGUGAUGAUGUGACUGUACAGUACUUUCUGAUAUCACACUCGACGGAGGCGUGUUCGCGUUAGUUCCCUACAAGUGGCUCUUUAUUAUUUCAACUUUAAACGAUAUCAGAUCGUUACAAGAAGUCUAGGUAACAGCUCACUUUCGUUUUGUUAGCAGAGUAUACCGAAGAUGGCACUAUACAGCAUCAAGAACAACAUCCAGCUAGCCACGCUCAAGACUCUAUCGCUGGUCUCCAUCAGCGUGAUGUCACCCCAGCAGAGCGUCCAGGAGCUAUUCCGGACUGCCGAUUGCGUCUGCUUCGACGUGGACUCGACCGUCAUCCGGGAUGAGGGCAUCGACGAGCUGGCCAACUUCUGCGGGAAAGGAGACGAGGUCAAGAGGCUGACGGCUGAAGCGAUGGGUGGAAGCAUGACCUUCCAAGAGGCGCUGAAGAAACGACUGGACAUCAUCAGGCCUUCAGUCAGCCAGAUCAGAGAGUAUUUAGAGAAGUUCCCCAUCCACCUGACGCCUGGAGUGAAACAACUAGUGAAAGAGCUCCACGACCGAGGAGUGGCGGUGUACCUGGUCUCCGGUGGAUUCAGAAGCCUCAUCGAACCGGUUGCUGACAUCCUCGGCAUCCCACGGUCCAAUGUCUACGCGAAUAGGCUCAAGUUCUUCUUCAAUGGCGAUUACGCGGGCUUCGAUGAGAACGAACCUACCUCAAGGUCUGGCGGCAAGGGGCUGGUGAUCAGGCGGCUGAAGGAACUUCACGGGUACCAGAGGCUCAUCAUGAUCGGAGAUGGUGCCACCGAUGCUGAAGCAUGCCCGCCUGCUGACGGCUUUAUUGGUUUCGGAGGCAACGUAGUAAGGGAGGAGGUGAAAAAGAGGGCUUCGUGGUACGUCACUGACUUCCAAGACCUUAUCCAGACCCUCAUGGUGCAAGCCAAGUGAACUGUUCCCCAUAAUGAUAGAACAAAUUGAUCUGUGCAGUUGAAAUGUUAUCGUCGACCGACUGCAACUAGUUUGCAGGUACAUAUAUGCACUUGUUUCUAUGAAAUAGAUAAUACGUAGUUUUCGGGGACAGUUUUAGUGGGUCGACCUGUAUGACCGACGAACUUCUACCACCGACUUAACCCUAGGCAGUGGGAUAGUUCCCAGCAUAUUUUGAACUUUAUUCCCUUGUUUUAGGGUCAAACAAUGAAAAAUUUGGACUUGUUAUUAUGCCCAUUAAAGGCUUAACUGAUAAUUGACUGAAAAUAACGUUAUACGUUUCUACUUUCGAGUACCUGACAAUCUUAGUGUCAUUUAAGCCGUAGUUACAUUAUCUUGGAUCGUUGC